GAAAAUAAAAGGAUGAAGAUGCAAAGAGAGGGCAACGGCGCUGUGUCUGUCCUUUCCCGAUAUGCCCGCUGACUUGCUCCAAUCGAUUUAACCCCAUUUUGUUCAUCCUCAUUGCCUCCACCUUAAUUUAUUUCCAAAAUAUAAACCCUAAAUUCUCGUAAAAUUUUCAAUUUUUUUCUUCAAUUUUGUGGAAUUAAAUUCGAAGCAUUACUUUCUGAGCUAAUUUUACUGCUUUGGAGUUCGGAAAGUUGGGAGAUAGGAAGCAGCUCCACUGGAAUUUCGGAAGUUAAGCGUCUGAGCAGCUCCACAGGCUUUGGUUUUGCUUUUGAAGGCACUGCAAAAAAGCUUCAAACGAAGGCCUCCCCCCUCUCCACCCUACCCCACCCCCCCACCCGACCCCCCGCCCAACACCCACCUCAUCCCACCCUCCUCAUCUCUCUGACCUCUCUCUGUAUAUGGAACGUGAUACAGCGUUUAUCAGAUAAUAGCUACCCUUUCUCUCUCUAAAUAUAUAUAUAUAUAUAUAUAUAUAUAUAUAUAUCUAUUUUGUAUGCAUAUGGCACUACAAAAGCCAAAGUAGUCUGUGUAAUCGUCAUCAAUGCAAAGGACGGUACAGUCUUCCCCACAUCCACUACCCACCCACUGUUUUUCUCUUUCCUAGCUACCUUCUCUUAAAACCCUAAUUUUAACAAACUCAGAUUCCAUUUCAAGUUUUUUACACCUUCUCUCUCUUUCUCUCUCAAAAGCAAAGACAGAUAAGAAAGCAAAAGAGGUGAAAGGGGAGUCUGGAAAGGCAUGAAAGCGGUGGUAUGGAGGUAGAUGAUCAGAUUCAAUGUAAGUUCCCCAGAAUCAGCAAUGGCAACGGAAGGCUCGACGCCACUAAAUUAGGGCACGCGCAGAAGAUGGACGACCAGUACCCGGAUGAAGAGGAGGAAGGAGAUAACAAAAGACAAAACGCCACUGGCGGCGGCGUGCGUAACGGCGGCGUUGAUCUCAGCGGCGGCGUUGGCAGGUUCUACGGCUGGCCUUCCUCGCGAAUUGUUAGGGUUUCGCGAGCAUCCGGCGGGAAGGAUAGGCACAGCAAGGUGUUGACAUCGAAGGGGCUGCGAGACCGGCGGGUGAGGCUGUCGGUGAACACCGCCAUCCAAUUCUACGAUCUGCAAGACCGAUUGGGGUACGAUCAGCCGAGCAAGGCGGUGGAGUGGCUGCUCAAGGCGGCGGCGAGCUCGAUUGCGGAGCUGCCGCCGAUGAACACCCCGUUCCCCGACACGCCCAAGCAGCUGAGCGAUGAGAAGAGGUCUAGCACCGCCGGCAGCGAUCAGCUCUGCUUCGACUCCGCUGAGAUCGAUUUGGACGGGGGCGGCGAUCCGAAUUACUCCGGGCAGCAGCAGGUGACCAAAUCGUCGGCGUGCAGCAGCACUUCUGAAACCAGCAAGGGUUCGGGGCUGUCUCUGUCUAGAUCUGAGAGCCGAAUCAAGGCGCGGGAGCGGGCCAAGGAGCGAGUCGCGGAGAAGGAGAAGGAGAAUGAACCGACUCACAAGGGGUCUCUGAACCCUAUCUCUCACACCACUUCCUUCACCGAGCUCUUGAAUGGCGGAAUCAGUAAUGUCAGUAACAAUUCCUCCAGCCCUAAUUCCAAUGCUGCCUCCCACAGGCACUGGUCCUCCACUCCCAUGGACUACUUCACUUCCGGCCUCCUAGGCCCGCCGUCGACGACCCGCCCGGCUCAAAUGCACCUGCCGGCGAAUCCCUACACCUCCGUGGCUUCGCCGCUCUUCAGCGUCGCCGCAGACCACCACCCGGAGCUCCAGCACUUCUCGUUCGUGCCGGACCACUUGGUCCCAGUCGUAAACGCUGCCGCUGCCGCCGCCGCCGCGGCGGGAGGCAACAACAACAACCACAAUAGCAGCAGCAGCGGCAACGGCAACGGCAACGGCGGCGGCAUCGAGUACAAUCUCAACUUCACGAUUUCCUCUUCCGCCAAUUCAUCGGGCCUUGGUGGCUUCAAUAGGGGGACCCUUCAGUCCAAUUCAUCCUCCCCGUCACUACUGCCUCACCUCCAGAGGUACGCCGACGGAUCCGCGCCGAGUUUCUUCCUCGAUACCCACCACCAGUUCCUCUCCGGCUACGACUCCCGCGGCCUGCAGCUAUGCUACGGCGACGCCCAUGCCAACAACGGCCGGCACUCCGCCCAGAGAGGGAAAGGCAAGAACUGACGUCGUCCCAACCGGUAAUGUGAAGACGCGAAAAUGAAACUGGGGCGACGGGUGAGCAGAGCGAGAGCGCCCCGUGUAGCGCGCCUCGCUUGUGUUGUGAUAAAUUUGUGGCUCUGGGAUUUCUAAUUGUUUCUUCCAACUCCAUUCUAGUAGCACUGCUGCUCUCUAUUACAUAAUGUUGUACCCGCUCAGCAGUUUGUUUGUUUGUUUGAUUGAGAUGAGAAAAAUGUCACAUUUUUAUUUUUAAUUUUAUUUCUGUUUGGCAAAA